AUGAUCUCUGCUUCGGUCAGUGCCUAUACUGCGCCUGCACUUAUGACCGUUUGUUUACUUACUGAUUAUUGGAUAUAUGGAAAACAAACAAGAUUAGCACAAACUCCAAUAGUAAAAGCAGGAGAUUUACGAAUUUUAAAUUUUACUCAUCAUCGCAUUGGACUAUGGAGAGAAUGUAUGAGAGAAGCAAUAGAUAUUCCAUAUACAUGUGAGAUUGUUAAAUAUUCGAAAACAGAAGCAAAAUUAGAAAAAGGUUUCAAAGCUGUAGCAUACCGAUCAGCCCCAAGUAUGGCUUGUUUUACAGCUGCAUCUGCUCUUUUAAUAGUGGCUAUUUUUCUAUUUACACGUGGUCUAUGUAAACGACGUCGAAAGGCUGUCUUUUUCAUCUCAGGACUUCUAUUUUCUAUCUCAGGUUUACUAACAAUGGUUGGUGUUACCUUAUACGUUUCAAUUACAACUGAAGAAUCGGUUAAAAUUGAUCAAGAUUUUCCGGUGAUGAAAUGUUCCUAUGGAUUCUCAUUUCUGUGUGCCGUUUUAUCAUUUAUCUUACAAGAAUUAACUGGUGUUUUAACUGUGUAUUGGUUCAUAUAUCGUUUUCGUGCAUUAGUACGUAAACAAGAAAAAUUACGUGAACGUACCCGUCAACUGAUGGGUAAUUGUUUAUCAAUGACAACUGCUUUACCACUAAAUCUUGUUGCAUCGUCUCAAAUGAACGAUAAUUCAAAAUCCAUAUCAAAUCGUUCAAAUCAAAAUCAUGUACGCUAUCAAAAUGCAUCGAAUGAUAUCACAAAUCCUAUACUAUAUAAGCAACAGUCAACACAACAACAACAGCAGCAGCAGCAGCAGCAGCAGCAACAACAACAACAGCUACAACAACAACAACAACAGCAACAACAACAGCCGAGAAGACGUUUACCAUUUGAUACAUCCUAUUCACCACCACCAAUACAACGAAUCGAUAAGGCACCUUAUCCAUCAUAUUCACCAGUACAAUCACCAACACUUACUUAUGGAGAUUAUUGUCGUGUUUUAAUUCGUGCUGAAGAUAUGGAUUUACUUACACAAAUGGUUAAAUCCAAAUCGCAAGCACAAUUAUUAGCAAAUUCAAGACCAGCAACACCAGCACCCGCAAUUAAUACAAAAAUUUCAGUAAAUUCACACGUAUCCCGACACAAUAAUGAUAAUGCAACACGACGCAAUACAAGAAAAGGCGUUAAACGAACUACAUCUGUUUGA